ACAGAGGAUGUUAUUUCACGUGCUGCGGUUGUAUUUCCGCAUAUUAAUUAGUAUCUCCAGUUGUAGAAUAGUAGAAUGAACAGCCUAAAAUGUGAACCAGCUCUGAGGACAUUCAGACAGAAACGUUUUAUACAAUGCAUGUACGCUGUAGGGUUCCUGGAUCUUUUUGGCGUCAGUAUGAUCAUCCCCUUACUAAGCCAUCAUGUCAAGUCCCUUGGAGCAAGUCCAUCAAUAGCAGGAAUAGUAGGUUCCAUAUAUGGCAUCCUUCAACUUUUUUCCAGCACAUUAGUAGGCUGCUGGAGUGAUGUUGUUGGAAGACGAUACUCUUUGUUGGCAUGCAUUUUACUAAGUGCGUUGGGUUAUGGCCUGCUUGGCCUCUCCACCAACAUAGUGUUAUUUAUAGUGGCAAGAAUUCCAGUGGGAAUCUUCAAGCAUUCCCUUUCCAUCUGCAAAGCUCUUCUAUCAGAUCUGGUUUCUGAGAGUGAGCGCCCCCUGGUGAUGGGACAUUUCAACGCAGCUUCCAGUGUGGGGUUUGUUCUCGGCCCAGUUGUGGGUGGCUACCUCACAGAACUCAAGGGAGGGUUCUACAUAUCCUCUUUUAUUUGCAGUUCAAUUUUUAUUUUAAAUGCAGGUCUGGUGUGGGUGUUACCAUGGAAGGACUUUAUCCAAGAGCACAAGUGCAUCAGUAAAGACAACGAUAUCAGUAAUGCCACAAAGAAAGAACAUUCCAGGGAUAUCUCAAAUGGCAAGUCGGUCAAUGUGUCAACUGUAACAUCCUUAAAAAGUUUUCUCCAGCCUGCGUGUGAUCAGGUUGUGUCAGUGCUGCAGAAGAUCAGAGUAGUGGCCUGCUCUGACAUGUGGGAUGUGUUUUUGGUCCGUCUCCUCAUGGCUCUGGCUGUAAUGCUCUACUACAGUAACUUCGCAUUGGCGCUUGAAGAAAGAUUUUCAUUGAAACCAAAGAUGACUGGCUAUCUGAUUAGCUACAGCAGCACACUUGGAGCUCUUGCUGGGAUUUUGAUUGGACCAAUGACAAAGCUCUAUCACAACAAUAUGUAUUUGAUGCUGUUGCAUUCAAGUAUCCUCACUUGUUCCCUGAUGUUUAUAUAUGCAGCAGCUACCACAGUGUGGCUGGUUGUACUGUGCUCCACAUUUUUUGCCGUCUCCACGACUGUCGGUCGAACCUGUAUUACAGAUCUGGAACUGAGGCAAGGUGGGACCCAGGCUAGUGGUACUUUAAUAGGAGCUGGACAGUCUGUUACAGCAGUGGGUCGAGUUUUUGCUCCUUUGGUCUCAGGAUUGGCACAGGAGUUCAGUCCGUGUGGUCCCCCAAGCCUAGGAGCUGUGUUGGCUUUAGCAGCUGUGUUGCUAAUGGUCUUCAGAAUACCCCAUGACACUAAAUGUGAAAAAAACGAUUAAGUAGGCAGGAGUAGAGAUAUGAUUGUAAUGAAAGGUCUGAUAUAUGGUUGACACAAUCAUUCAUUAUCGUGGUAUUAUAGUAACUUUUUUUUGUCUUGAUUUUUCUGAAACAUUAGCGAUGAUCGGAUAAUCGAUGAUAAUGGUGCUUCCAACAUAUAAAGCUAAAAGGGAUCAAUGCCACCGCUACCUAGAUUUGUGUUCCUUUGACUUCUUGUGGACAACCAGUUUGUCCAUGAAGAGAGGCUGAGCAUCAGAAAAUUACUUCAGUCCUGCCUCUAGUCGGAGAGAACAGUGCUAGGCUUCAUUUUAAAAAGCCAUCAAUCAAUACCAGAAAAAGAGUAUAUAAAAAAGAAAAAACAGGAUUUAUGAUAAUUGUGUUUAUCAUGAUCGUCUACGUCUGGAUAACGUGGAAACUGAAGUGCACAAUUUGAGAUUAAAACUGCAGAAGAAAGGUAUGUCUCAAUAAGGAUUGACCUUUAUGGUAUCUUUUUUUGAGCUUGAACUGAAUAAAAAGAGGAUCCCCUAGCAGCUACAGCGCCGUAACAGUAAAGAAUAUCUGUUUUGGGUUGCUUUUUUAGGGCUGUCCUGAGCAGGUAUUGAGAGUUUAUUCAGCAUCCUGCCUUUUUACAAAGGCAUUAUUAGUUAUUACAGUAAUACAAAUGAUGUCAUUUCUUCAUCUUUUUAUAAGAUCUUUAAUUUUUCUCACAAACUAAACAACCAGAUUUCUUUGUUUGUUGAUCAUUUUAUUGUAAUACUUGUGAAUAAUUGAUAAUAUUAGAAAUAAGUGCAAUAAAUAAACUAUUAAGGACAAUAAAGGUGCAAUAUUAAGUGUAUUUUUUAGUUAUACAUUAAUUUAUUAGAUUACAAAAUACCAAGAGAAACAUAUGCAUGUCCCUUUGUUAUUUUCCUAUCUUACUUACUGUACACAUACAAAUUGUGAAUUAAGAAGUGUAGAGAAUUAAUCAAGAGUUCAAUUUAUCAUCAACAUAAAUAUUUGACUUAAGGAGAAAUUAAACUAAAGUUAUUUUUAUGUUGUAAGAGGUACAAUUGUAAAGGUCUGGUGUGUAUAUUUGUUUUCUUUUUUAUAUAUUUUGGGGGGAUUUUGUUUUGUGAUGUUUAAUUGUAUGUGUUCUUGUAUUAAGAAAAAGUGAACAUAUUGUAAUUUCAAAGAGUUUUAUUCUUGUUGAAGAUAAUGUUUGUUUAAUUUUUAAAAGUAUGAAACAGGUCUGCAAAUUUUAAAUACAAACAUUUCUGUUAUCUUUUUUUCUGUUAUAAAAGUUGUAUUAUACUAUGGUAAAGCUAUAAAAUGGACCACUUAAGGUGACUGCAUAGAAAUUGGGGUUACUUGGAUUCAAGAACAUUCAGAAACGAGUAAAUGUGGACUUUCAAAGGGGUUGAGAGCUGUUUUCUGUAUCUAAUCUGUGAGUUGUAUCAACUACUUAAUUCUCCCACAUAAGAAGGUAGAUCUUACUAUGGCAGAAUUCCAUUUGUGUUUUCAUUUUCAUAAUCAUGAAAUAAUCCCUCUCUCUUUUAAAGUGGUUUUAGCAAACCUGGUUUUAGCACCUGGAGAGUGAAAAUGUCCCGAUCCUUCAACUGCCAUACUUACCUGUCAUCAACCAGCUAGAUGCUUUACCUCAUGCUUGACAUGCUUUCUGUCAGUAACAUACUUUGAGACUGAAGACACUGCUGAAUGUAAAUGAACUAGAAAUAGUAACACACCUCCUGAAAGUAAGGCAAGAAAAAAAUUCAUAAUCUACUUUAUAAUGUUUUAACAUUAAAAUACAUGUUUCUAAUAUUUAGUUAAAAACAACCACUUCCACAGCUUUUGAAAUAUUAUUUUCCUUUUUGUAUAGUACUUGGUGCACUUUUAUUUGUACAGAUAUGUUUAUUGUUACAUUUUCUUUGACAGGUUUUGUCUUUGCAAACCAUUGUUUUUUACUAGUUGCAUUAUGCAUGUAUGACCACUAGAUGGAAGCAAAUUACUACUGCUGCAUUUUAAAGUCCAUAUCUCACAUAGAAAAUCAUUUUUGGCUUUGGGGUUGUACUUGGUUUAUUUUCACAAUGACCAAGAAAUUAAAUCUCCAUGAUCAAUUUUAGAGCACUGAGAGAUGUAAAACUAUCAAUAAUUCCGGUAAAUACCGACAACGCACUGGAGAUGCUCGAAGUAGGCGUGACUAGGGGAACACAUACCGGGAACAGCUGAGAGAUAUACAUGGCUUCAGACUGUGAAAGCCAUCUUACGAUUUUCUCUGACGUUUUGAGUAGUCUGUAUUACAAUAAGGACAGCGGGAGUGUGGUGUGUAAUGAAAGAAAUUGUGGGGAGGAAGAAUAAGUGGUUUGAAGCCCGAACCUCCAACAGGAGAAAAUAAACACGCUGGCAUGAGCGACACGCCCCCUUGUCUGCAGGCCAGCAAUUCUGAAUGUUGUUCUUGUAUACAGUUAACCCCGGGUAGCAGUUCAUUUAUGGCAAUAAAAAAGCUGUGCUCAUGUUUACUUUCUAUGGGUAGUUUUGGGCCACGGAGUCUUUUGUUUCAAAAUUGUUUAAGGCUGUUAACAUUGUUUUUUUUACAGUAUUGCGGUUUCUAAAUGGUUCCGCUGUUGUCGGGAAAAUAAAUCAAUGGUCACCUGAUGAUUGUCUUCGUGAAUAGCUGUCUUUGUAAAGGUCUGCGUAUGUUUGUGAACUUUUUUUUUACCUACCAGAAACCAACAAACAAAAGUUUUAGUCUCCGUGUUCCGUGUUGUACGAAGUGAUCAUUGCAUUGUGCACUGAUGAACUCAUUGAUUUUAAAGUACUUUUUUUUCAUGCAAUGCAUGCCCUUGCAUCUAUCUGAGGUGAAAUGUACUUUUUGACACAGUUUAACCAUCGCGAAAUAGGCCUGUAUGUAUGAUCGUUUUGUUUAUGCCAUAGGCAUAUAUAUUUGUGCAUGUUUAUGGUUUACAGUUACAGCGCAAAAGUGUAUAUAUAUAUAUAUAUAUAUAUAUAUAUAUAUAUAUAUACAGUGCUGUGAAAAAGUAUUUUUCACAUUGUAUUUGGUCUGAUUUUUUGUGGGUUGUAGUAGUAUAUAGAGGGAGUCUAAGAGAAAAAAUGAAACCAAAGUUUGAUGCUUCUUUCAUUUGUUUGGUGUGCAAGAUAAUCAAACAUGCAAUCUUCAGGUGUGAAAAAGUUAUUGCCCUCCCUAGUUAACUCAACCCAAUUAAAGGGCUAAUUAGGGUCAGCCGUUUGAGUACUUUGGUUAACAACCAGGCCUGAUUUCGGCCAGCCCUGCCCAACAUAAAUCUGACUAACUUUCGCCCUUACCAUCAGAGUGAAGUUGUCAGCACACAGGUUCUAGAGGCACAUCAUGCCACGAACAAAAGAAAUUCCUGCAGACCUCCGUUAAAAAGUUGUUGAUGCCUAUCAGUCUGGAAAGGGCUAUAAAGUCAUUUCUAAGGCUCUGGGGCUCCACCGAACCACAGUCAGAGCCAUAUUGUCCAAAUGGAGAACGUUUGGGACAGUAGUGAAUCUUCCCAGGAGUGGCCGUCCUGCCAAAAUCUCUCCCAAGAGCAAGGCGUAAAAUCGUCCAGGAAAUCACAAAGAACCCUAGAACAACAUCCAGGCAUCUGCAGGCCUCUCUCGCCUCGGCUAAGGUCAGUGUUCAUGACUCCACCAUCAGAAAGACACUGAGCAAAAAUGGGAUUCAUGGCAGAGUAGCAAGGCGGAAACCAUUACUCACUAAGAAGAACAUGAAUGCUCGUCUCAAGUUUGCCAAAAAGCACCUGGAUGAUCCUCAAGUUCUGGAACAAAGUUAUAUGGACAUGAGUCAAAAGUGGAACCUCAUACCAACGGUCAAGCAUGGUGGUGGUAGUAUCAUGGUUUGGGGAUGCUUUGCUGCAUCAGGACCUGGACGCCUUGCCAUCAUUGAAGGAACCAUGAAUUCUGCUCUGUAUCAGAGAAUUCUACAGGAGAAUGUCAGGCCAUCCGUCCGUGAGCUGAAGCUGAAACGCAGCUGGGUCAUGCAGCAAGACAAUCAUCCGAAACACGCAAGCAAGUCUACAUCAGAAUGGUUGAAGAACAAGAAAUUUAAAGUUUUGGAAUGGCCUAAUCAAAGUCCAGACCUAAACCCCAUUGAGAUGUUGUGGCAGGACCUGAAACGAGCAGUUCAUGCUCGAAAACCCACAAAUGUCACUGAGUUGAAGCAGUUCUGCAUGGAGGAGUGGGCCAGAAUUCCUCCACGGCGCUGUGAGAGACUAAUCAAUAACUACAGGAAGCAUUUGGUUGAAGUUAUUGCUGCUAAAGGUGGCGUAACCAGUUAUUGAGUCUAAGGGGGCGAUUACUUUUUCACACGGGCCAUUGGGCCAUUUUAUAAAAAUAAAUAAAUGAAAUAUGUAUCACAUUUUGUGUUAUUUGUUCACUCAGGGUCCCUUUUAUCUAAUAUUAGGUUUUGUUUGAAGAUCUGAUAACAUUCACUGUCAAAAAUAUGCAAAAAUGCUAAAAAUCAGACGGGGCAAAUACAUUUUC